AUGGCAGCUCUGCCAAACCGUCCCAAGGACUUCGACGCCGCUGACCACGCUACCGUCAAUGGCGAUAUUGGCGGGAGUGGUGGCACCCAGCAGACCAACGGCGAGACUUCGCAUCCAGAGGUCGAGAACAUAACUGCCGACAUUCUCAUCGUCGGAGGAGGUUUUGGUGGCAUGUAUGGCAUGCACCAAUACCGCAAACUCGGCUUUUCCGUCAAAUUGCUAGAAGCGGGCUCAUCAUGGGGUGGCACCUGGCACUGGAACCGCUAUCCAGGGGCGCGGGUUGACAGUGAGACGCCAUACUACUCGCUGUCGAUCCCCGAAGUGUACCGGAAAUGGAAUUUCACCGAGCGGUUCCCCGGUCACGAAGAGCUGCGACGGUAUUUCCAACACGUGGACAAGACUCUCGACCUCAGCAAGGACGCGUACUUCAACACCAUUGUCACGGAGGCACGGUACGACACCGCCGCCGGCGAGUGGCAUCUGAAGACCGACGACCCCAACCGCGUCGCAACAUGCAAAUACCUCGUGCUCGCGACGGGGAGUUCCUACAAGAAGCACUUCCCGGCGUUCAAGAACUUAGACAAGUUCAAGGGCAAGCUGAUCCACAGCGCACUCUACCCGGAAUCCGGACUCGACGUGUCCGGGAAGAAAGUCCUCGUCGUCGGCUCCGGGGCGACAGGCGUGCAGAUCGUACAGACCCUCGCGCGCGAGAAAUCCUGCCAGCUGACGGCGUGUGUCCGCACGCCCAACCAGGCGCUACCCAUGCGGCAAAGAAAGCUCAGCCUCGAGGAGCAAACCGCGGCGAAAUCCUUCUACCGAUCCUACCUGCAGUCCGCGAAGCAAUGCCGCAGCGGGUUUCCCUACGAGCCAGCGCCCAAGCCAUACGCCGAGAGCACGCGGGCGGAGCGCCUCGAGCUGUGGGAGGAGCUGUGGGGCCGGGGCGGAUUCAGCUUCUUGAUCAGCAACUACAGCGAAUACCUGAUGGACAAGGACGUGAACCGCGAGGUGUACGCAUUCUGGGCGGAAAAGGUGCGGGCGCGCAUCAGCGACCCGGUCAAGCGCGACAUCAUGGCGCCGCUGACGCAGCCCAACUGGCUCGGCACCAAGCGGCCCAGUCUUGAGCAGGACUACUACGAGAUGAUCGACCAGCCGCACGUCACGAUCCUGGAUCUCAAGAAGAACAACAUCGACGAGUUCACCGCGACGGGCGUCGUCACGAGCGACGCCCGGACCGGCCAGCCAAGCCGACACGACUUCGACAUCGUCAUCCUCGCGACCGGCUACGACUCCCUGACCGGCAGCCUCCUGGACACGAACCUCUUCGACACCUCCGACACCCCACUCCGCAGCAAAUGGAAGUCCGGAACCUACACGUACCUGGGCCUGACGAUCCCACAGAUGCCGAACCUCUUCCUUGUCUACUCGCCGCAAGCGCCGACCUCCUUGUCCAACGGGCCGCCCAUCAUCGAGCUGCAGAUCGACUGGAUCGGAUCCGCGAUCGCCAAAAUGCGCGCCGAGGGCGUCAAGUACAUCGACGCCCGGUCCGAGGCUGCCGUUGAGUGGCGCGAGGACAUUCAGAAGAUCAACGCCAUGAUGCUCUUCGGCGAGGCGGAUUCCUGGUACAUGGGUGCGAAUAUCCCCGGGAAGCCGCGCGAGCAGUUGAUCUACCUGUUGGGUGUGGAUGCGUAUGCAAGGGUGACCACCGAUGCGUUGCAGGGGUGGAAAGGCUUUGAUGUCGUUAUGGCGUAG